UCUACGCCGAUUGCAGAUAUUUAGUGAUGUCUUCGUAGUUGUGACGGCAAUCCCAACCUCGUAAUUGGGUACAUGUGGUUGCUGUUCCCCAAGUGGUUAUUAUUGAUAGUAACCAGGCAUCAUCGGGCCUUCCUAGUGUUUGCUCCGCUCUUCAUCAUCCAAAGGUUGCGUUCUGACAUUCAAACGGAAAAAAGAAAAAACUUUGAUUCUUCAUAUUUGCACCACAAACGUACCUACCCCUCGUAAUUCAUUCAAAAUGGCCAAUGACGGACCUUCCAACAUGAUAGACCCGUCUAUUUUUGACUACCUCAAGGCUCAUGGUGAGGAGGAGCUUGAGGUUGGCGACCAGCUUCACAAGAUUACCGCUGCCUUGAACCGCCACGUCUCAACAUGUCAAGGCCUUCUUAGCCGCAUUCACUCGACGCCCAGCUCCAAGUUGGCACCGCUCCUGCAGCAGGUAGAACAUGAAGGUAUCAAGCCUGAGAUCGAUAGCGUCGGCGAGCUAGCUCAGUUUGCUUCCAAAUACCCUUACUACAAGUAUAAUGGUAGAUGGGCUCGUAGUAUUCAGAAUGUCGUCACCACCAUUCUAUUGACCGGAUGGCUGGGCGGCUUGGGGACUGAGUCCCGACCAGGCGAGCUGGGUCGCCUUCUUACUAUCGAGGAGGUCGGACAGAUCCUCAAAGUACCAGUCAAUCUCAAGGAUAGGGAUGCAUUCCACAUCACCAUCGAAGAAUACAUCCUAGCCCUGACGGACAUCACCGAGGAGCUCAGCCGUCUGUCGAUGAACUCGGUGACGAUGGGCGACAUCGACUUGACGGUUCGAAUCAGCGGGUUCAUCAAGGACUUGUUUGCUGGCUUCCAGUUGCUCAACCUCAAGAACGAUAUUGUCCGCAAGCGAGUCGAUGCUGUCAAGUAUCACGUCAAGAAGGUCGAAGAUGUCAUUUAUGACUUGUCACUACGAAACCUGAUCCCUAAGAAUGAGGCAGGCUCUUGAGACCAUGGCUCUAGGCACCGUUAUGGCAUUUAUAUACCUACAUGCAACAACUUGAUCAUUUGAAAAUCAUGUGUACUGUUUACCUAGGUAUUUAGUUACUUUACUCAUGAGGUCUAUUUAGGCGGAAAUAUCAUCAUGUCCUUACGACAGGCUUCUCUAUAGGAAUCUAGACAUGUCUAGCUUAGCAGUAAGGCCAUAUCUACUCAUUGAGUACUGGACGACUAAAAUCUUGACCAUCAGCUAAAAAUCAGUUUAAAUACAGCAGCUUUUCAAAAUUCAUGCAGGUGCUAUUGCAGCCAUUGUAUUGUAUGUAUUGUACCUAGAAAUUUAAUUUAGUUAAGCUUUUAUUAGCACAUCAAUUACUACCGAUAAGCGUUGUUAUCAG